AUGGAAAUAUUCAGGGAAACUGCGUCACCAGCGCAUUUCGAAGAAUUUCGUCGUCAACGAAACGCCGUCAAAAAAUGUAUCCGUCAGGCACGGAAGGAGUAUGAAUCCAAAAUUAUCCGACAGGCUGAACAGAAGCCUAAGAUUUUAUUUCACUAUCUGAACAGUAGACUGAAAAAUAAGGACCCGGUCGCGGUGUUAAAGGAUGAUAAUGGUGUAGAGAUCAUUGAAAACAGCGAGAAAGCCGAACACUUAGGACAGUAUUUUGUUUCGCUUUUUGCUAGAGAAACAGAGUUUCGCAGUUGCAGUGCCAGCAAUGCUGUUGAGACUGCUGGUCCCGUGCUUGACUCCAUACUCUUCGCGACAGCUGUCGUGGAAAGGGAGCUGAAAAAUCUCAAAGAAGCAAAGUCCUCGGGUCCGGACAAUAUACCGGCCAAAUUUUUGAAAGAAUUGGCGAAUGAACUCUCCAAACCACUGGCAUACAUCUUCCGCUCGUCAUUCGAACUAGGGAGGCUCCCAUCGGAAUGGAAGACAGUAAAUAUCUUUCCGAUAUACAAGGGCGGGGCUCGCACUAAUGCUAACAAUUACCUGCCUGUUAGUCUAACCUGUAUCUGCUGUAAAAUAAUGGAGACCAUAGUUAAGAAAGCAACAAUGAAGUUCCUGGAGCAGGGCCAUUUACUCUCAGACCUGCAGCAAGGCUUCAGACAGAACCGUUUGUGCCUUUCCAGUUUAUUCCUCUCGACGGAGCAAUGGACUCGCGCACUGGACGAGGAUGGUAGGGUCGAUGGCAUCUACGCAGACUUUAAGAAGGCGUUCGAAAGCGUCCCACACAAACGCCUAAUCUACAAACUUUCUGAAAUUGGGAUAAGAGGAAGGCUGCUGACAUGGAUAACAGAUUUUCUUACCGGAAGAUCACAAACCGUGUACAUUGAGGCCUCACGGUCAAAUCCUACCCCCGUUCUAAGUGGUGCACCCCAGGGCUCCGUCCUAGGGCCGCUGCUAUUCCUGGUUUACAUUAACGACUGCGUCGACGACCUGGGAUGCAGCGCCAUCAUGCUUGCUGACGAUGUUAAGCUGUGGAGACCCAUCAGAUCUGACGCAGACAGGUACGCGCUUCAAGACAGUCUCAACCGCCUGCACAGUUGGUCAGCUCGCUGUCUCCUCAAUUUUAAUGUGGACAAAUGUGUGGUCCUGAGACUCCGCACCAGACGGACCCGUAAAGGGGACGAUUCCUUUCAAUACGUCCUUGAUGGUCAGCCCCUUUCUGAUGUUGUGGAACAGAAAGACCUGGGCGUCCGUAUGACCUCCUCGCUGAAACCAUCAUCACAGUGUCAAAGGGCAGCCAAAAGGGCGAUAAGGAUGUUAUUUGUGCUGAGGCGAGGAUUUGUGCAGAUCGAUAAAGAGCUUUUCGGAAAAACCUAUGGGGCAUUCGUCCGGUCUCACUUAGAGUAUGCAGUCCAGGCCUGGCGACCGUGGUUGAAGAAAGAUUAUCAACGACUGGAAAGAGUACAGGCGACGGCUACGAAGAUGGUCAAGAAUCUUCAUCAUUUGCCUUACGAAACCAGGCUGACUGAACUAAAUCUGUUUCCUCUAAAUUAUAGGCAACUGCGCGGCGAUCUCAUUCAAACCUACAGGAUUGUCAGAGGCCGUGAGUGUGCCCUACACUUUGAUGAAUUCUUCGAAUUGGCCGGGACUGAUCGCCUGCGUGGUCAUCCCUUCCAACUGCAGAGGAAGCUGGUUCAUUCGGACGUCCGACGGAACGCCUUCUCUCUCAGGGUCAUUGGGGCAUGGAACGGACUCCCUGAUGUGGUGGUUCUUUCCGAAAGUGUCCGAUCAUUUAAGUGUAGACAAUAUACUCAUUUGUUGAGUAACUAUUGUACAUAUAAUCAGGAUUGUUUUAGUGGCGGUAGUUUGCGCCUGUCUCACACUUACCGCUAAUUUUUCAACUUUCCGCAUUUGCUGAUGUAAUUGAUGACUUUAUUUCUGUUUAUCGAUAUGAAUAGGGAGCUCAAGGGCGAAAGCCUCAUUCCCUUAAUAAACUGACUUAAACUGGCUUAAAAGGGUUUAUGGAGUAUGAAGUCCAUCUUACGGUAAACAAACGGGUAGAAUAGGAAAAGUGGAGAAUGAUGAUUGGAAAGGGAAAUCGAGGUAUUGUACAGAAAAUUUAUUUAGCGUGGGGCUUGGUCACGUCAUAUCGGUUAAACACCAGUCCGGUUUGCAGCGCUGUCAGCAACCGCGGGUGGGGGCCAGGGAACGUGCUAUCGAUGGGAGACACUAGCGGCGAACGGACAACAGUAGUGUGGCGGACUGUGUUAUCGGUGGGGAUGGAAGAAACACCGGUUAUCUUCACUGUUCUAGUAGCAAUAGGUAUCGAGUAGAUAUACGGAUAAUUACUUAUCGAGAUAUAAGCUUUGUCAUGUCAUUGGUUAUCACUCUUAUGCAAUCUGGCCGUUGCUAGACUGCCUUUCGUUUUUUGCGUUUCCAAAGCGCAAGCACGUGCGUACAUGUUAUUAUCUCGUGACAGCGGUGUAGAACUAUUGGUUUAAGCGUGAACUUGCUCACCUUUGCUCUUAGCCAUUUAUACCUCUGUUGCUUUGACCCCAUUUCAAACAAUGUUUAGACAGGAAUCAGAGAGGACACUCAGACUCCUGACUAAGAAGUAUGGGAAGGAAGUCAUUCGGGAAAUUGAAAAGUCUGUUAAGGAAAGAUGCACAACUUAUAAUUCCUCGCAAUACGCAUUAGUGGGAAUCAAUGAGUUCUCCGAUUAUAGAGGAGGUGAACGAUGUGCAUCAUGUGCCCAUACUGGUUGUUCUGGGGACGCAGAAGACGGAGGGAUCGUGACCACUCACAGUGGGCAGAAAUAAGCCAAGAAUUUGCACGACUGGGCUUUGCGGCGCAAUACAGCAUAAGCUUACUUUCGAGAUCUUCUAAUCAUCCUUAGUCCUCUUGUACCUGAACUUCCAGCAGACCCAAGAACGCUGUCGGGAAACUCUUACGAUUUACAGGUAGCUCCUAUGAGCAAUGGCGAAUACGAGCAUAUAGAACUGCAAAGACGGCUUUGCAGACUUUUAUGCAUGAGUAAGUUUUCUCCCUCCGUACGAAUUGAUUUGCAAAUGCAAAUAGUUAUAGAUGGUCUCCCGAUUUAUAAGAAAUAGAAGGCCGGAAUAUGGCCGAAACUAGGUAGAGUAGUUUGUCAGUUUAUUAGUAAUGUCUUUCCGGUUGGAAUCUAUUGUGGCGGUGGAAAACUAUCUGAUGUUCGCGCCUUCUGUCGGUCAUUGGUUAACGAGGUAGAGUUCCUUCAGGAUAGAGGAAUCCAAUUCGACGAUUGUAGCAAACCUGCUCACGUUCGGGUUUUGGCCAUAAUCUGUGAUGCACCGGCCAGGGCUUUUGUUAAGCAGAUUAAGGACAUGAAUGCCUUCCACGGAUGCGAACGGUGCAAAGUAAUAGAAGCAUAUAUGAGAAAGCUUGUGUACCACGAGGAACGGGAUGGGUACAGGAAAGAUGAUAACUUUUUGCAGCCUACAGACGACGACCACAUUGCUAGGAUAUCCCCAUUUUGUCCUGUAACUUAGGACGUCUCUCCAAUUUUCCUCUGGAUCCUUUACAUCAAAUUUACUUGGGUGCAGCGAAAAAGCUGCUGAAGUCGUAAGUUAGGAGUCAUCCUUCAAAAGCAAGUUUUCGUGGUCAGCCGUCGAUAUUGAAGGCAAAGGAAGUCGAGGCUAUAAACAAUACACUUCGCACCAUUAAUUCUUACCUACCGGCAGAAUUUCCUCAACGGAAUAGAUAAUUAAGUGAACUCAAAACAUGGAAAGCAACGGAGUCCAGGCAGUUCCUAUUAUAUUCUGGUGUUCUUGUUCCCUCAGAUAUCCUGCCUCAUAAGCACUGUAAAACUUUUUUUUAUAGCCGCUGACUUCUCUGAGUUAAUUAAUUAACUCAGUUAGUGUAACAGCAGCGUAGGUUAUUGUACGCAGUUACUAAAGUUGUUCGACCAAAAAUUUUCGCAUUUAUACGGUGUUGAACACAGGGUUCACAAUGUACACAGCCCUAAGCACAUUGCGGACGAGGUUGAACGUAAUGGUGUGUCGGACUCUUUCUCUAUUUUCCCUUUCGAAAUUUACCUAAAUAGAUCAAAGCGUUUACUCCGAAGUCCUUUGCGACCUCUGCUGCAGAUUGCAAGGCUUCUCAGCGAGGUCGGGGUAACUACGCACGGCCAACCCAAGUUACAAUCUCCUAAGUUACUUCAUGGAUAUAAUGCAGGAGUAGUUCCUGUUGGAUGCAAAGACAGUGAGCAACGCCAGCGCGUGCUCACAUAUAGUUUUAGGAUUGAUAUCACACCGACCAGUCGAGGCAUUAGCACUGGUGGUAAGAGAGUUUGUGUCGGGAACAUAUUGUUUGGCCGAAGUAGGUGCCUGCGAAUAGUAUUAAGUGAGUUCGUAAACCUUUGAGAUUACUUUGAUUAUCCAGAGCAGUCGUUUUUGGUAAAGGUGUAUACAGUUGACCUUGAGAGCAUUAUCAGCUGUGCACCUUUGCCGCAUACGUUCAACAAGUUUGCCUAUUUCCCACAGGGUACUCGUUACGUUUUGAUAGAACCAAUUAAUAGUUUUUAGAAAGCCACUUACUGUCCUUUCGCCCUAGCGAAGAGUGCUCGGAAACCCUAUAAACGCACAGUACACAUAGUGAAAAGUUUGCAAACACUGCAGGGAGGAAUUGGUCACAGUAAUGGGAUAAAGACUAUCAAGAUCAACAUUCAUUCAACUGCUACCCGUGCGUUUGUAGAGAUUACUUUGAGUCAGCCAACUCGCAGAAAUCCUCUGCGGGAAAGUAGGUCUACCCUGGAUGAAGCCUUGCACUGCUUCAGAGUAGAAGGGAUAUCUUUGCCCGUAAGUUACACUACAUAACGCUGUUCUGAAUCCUAGCAAAUGAAAGACAGCAAUGAGGAUGCGAAUGACUGCAACGACACAUUACCAUCACGAGAGCCACUGCACAUAUGGGGUAAUAAACCUCCUUUCAACUGACUUAUCUCAUAAAAUAGCAAGAACCUCUGUCCAGCGACCGGCUGGCACGUUUGGACAGCGCCAUGGCUCUGCUGAUCCGGCAAAUUGCAGGUAUGCCUAGAAAAUAAGACGUUCUUAUUGACGGUAACCGUCAACUACACGGUUGCGUAAGGGAAUUGGAGGCGCGGGGUAUUCAAGGGCGACCCGCCGGUCAGGUGGCUACCCCGCUGCCGAAAAACCCAUUACAAAGACAGGUGAGGACGGCAGCGGAAUUCUACCAGCUGAAUGCCUUACUUGAGGACGCCACAAUACGGAGUCAAAUGGUAAGCCGUCCCUUUUAUCACUAUUCAGGGCAUUAAGUCUCAUUCCUCACCUGCCUGGGUGGAAACAUAAAUGUGCCCAGGGUUAUAAAGGAUCUGGGCAUAUCAUACUCUAAGAGUCUCAAUCUCUCGGAGCACUGUGUCUUGAUAGUCUCCAAAGCACGCAGAACGACCGGGUUUAUCCUCCGGAACUUUAAAACUAGGGACAUCAGAAUGCGCCUUUACAACAUGUACGUUAGACCUGGUCUGGAAUACUGUUCAUUUUUAUUUAGCCUCAUGCGUGCUUCUGAGCGAAAGAAAAUAGAAUCCGUUCAACACUUUUUUACCAAGAGAAUUUUAACCCCAGAAUACCGACAUUUGUCUUACCAAGAACGUUGCCAGCUUACGGGCCUUGAACCUUUAUGGUUCCGUAGAUUACAAAAGGGACUAUUUUCGUUAUUUAAACUCUUAUAUAAUGACACAUUUAACCCACUCACUUCUUUAAGACAUCAUAUCCACCCACGACGUAACAGUCCCCGUGAGGUCUUCUUAUUUCUGCCUCUGGCACGUAUUGCUAAAUAUCGUCGGUUCUUUUCUGUAAAUGCAAUUGCUAUUUGGAAUAAACUACCAAUGAGUGUGAAAACUCUGCAAAAUUAUCCUUUAUUUAAGAGAACUAUUACUCGAUUUUUGCAUUCAGAAAAGCUUCCUCAAAUUUUGGGUUCUGAAUCCACUGAUCGACUCUACCGUAGCGAUGGCGUUUGUGGUCUCUGAACACUAUGGCCGGUCUCACCAGCUGUUCCUCAACGCCUCUACUUUGACUACUCCAUGA